AUAGUCACUGCCCCCUUUUCCUGCCCCCUUUUGCCUGGAAGAUACCUGUUUUUUCUUCCCCAACAUACUCUCUCUGGUGCUUCCAAAGUGUUGUCUCUCAUAGCACUCAAUACAUGCAAGCUUUUUGAGGGCAAGAACCUUGUUUUUUCUUAACAUAACCUUCUAGAACAUAAUAGAUGCUAAAGACAUUUUUUAAAAUAAAUCAGCGGGUUGGCGUUAGGCUCCUUUGCUUCUGUUCUGACUUCUGCACUCUAAGGCACAAGAGGCAAAUACAGGUCUUUUCCUCGUCCUCAGGAUCCGAACGUCUGUGUUGUAUACUGUACUUCAAAGGAGUCAGCUUAAGUGAUCAGUUAUGUAGUCAUUCCUUGGCCAUCUUACUGGAGAGUUGGUAUGUUCCAAAUGCAGCCACAAAUGUCAUUUUGGUCACAGAGGCAUUGUUGGCUCCACCCAACAGUGCUUAUUUUAAAAACUUGAAGUGACGUCAAGAACAUGGUCGUCGGCCUCAGAUAGCCUGUUCCAAAGCGGACUUUGCUACUUACUGGCUUUUGGAUUUUUAUGCUUCGUUAAUUCACCUGAAAAAUGUGGAUAAUAUUACAGGCCAUAGAGUUAUGAGAAUUCAGCGAGACAAUGUAAAGCGCUUGGCACAUGCAAAAACGUUUAAUAAACAGUCGUUGUUAUUAGGCUUACUGUAUGUCUCCAUACCCUAGGGUAGGUACAGUUGCCAUAGGGAGCUCCUAGGGGGUAAAGCUCUGCCGAAGGGAUGGAUUUCAGGUCCAGGAUGGUUAUAGUUUGGGCCCUAGUACCGCCUAGGCUGUGUUCCCUCUCUGUGGCCUCUGCCCACUCCGAUUCCUGGGCUACAGUCCGACAGGGACCCCUUCUCCAGGCCGGACCCCGGUGGAGGUGUGAGGCUGUGACACAGCGAGAGGAACCUAGUCUGGGCGGAACUCGAAUGCAGCAGCGGGAGGCUUCUGGGGGAGCGGUAAGGCCGACGGGUCGGCGGAGUUGGAAAAGCGUCGGACGCCGGGCCGAUCAUGGACGCUUGACAACCUGCGGGCAGGCGCCGGGAGGCCGAGACAGCGACCUAGAGGACGGAGAGGCGGCGAGGACAGAUCUUAAGGCCAGAGAAUGGCAGGUGAACAGAAACCCUCAAGUAACCUCCUGGAACAGUUUAUUUUACUAGCCAAAGGCACUAGCGGCUCAGCCCUCACUGCCCUCAUAAGCCAAGUCUUGGAGGCGCCUGGAGUGUAUGUCUUUGGAGAACUGCUGGAGCUGGCCAAUGUGCAGGAGCUGGCAGAAGGAGCUAAUGCAGCUUACCUGCAGUUGCUGAACCUGUUUGCGUACGGAACAUACCCAGAUUAUAUAGCCAACAAGGAGAGCCUGCCAGAGCUGAGCACCGCGCAGCAGAACAAGCUGAAACACCUUACCAUUGUGAGCUUGGCGUCGAGAAUGAAGUGUAUCCCCUACUCCGUGCUGCUGAAGGACCUGGAGAUGCGGAAUCUCCGGGAACUGGAAGACCUUAUCAUCGAGGCCGUCUACACUGACAUCAUCCAGGGCAAGCUGGACCAGCGAAACCAGCUGCUGGAAGUGGAUUUCUGCAUUGGCCGUGACAUCCGAAAGAAGGACAUCAAUAAUAUUGUUAAGACCUUGCAUGAAUGGUGUGAUGGCUGUGAAGCGGUUCUGCUGGGCAUCGAGCAGCAAGUCCUGAGAGCCAACCAGUACAAGGAGAACCACAGCCGAACCCAGCAGCAGGUGGAGGCAGAGGUUACCAACAUCAAGAAGACUCUCAAAGCCACCGCAUCCUCCUCAGCUCAGGAGAUGGAGCAACAGCUGGCCGAACGGGAGUGUCCCCCUCAUGCUGAGCAGCGGCAGCCCACCAAGAAGAUGUCCAAAGUGAAAGGCCUGGUCUCCAGCCGCCACUAGGGCCGGCUGGGGCAGCUGGCACUCACCGGGCCUGGGGCAGCUGGGGAGGGGACACCAAGGGCCUGUUUCCUCCUCUCUCUACCUUCAGUGAGUUCCAGACCUGCCCACCCCGCACCAGCGUCCCUCCCCUGUUGGUACUGUUCCAGAAGAACCGUUAUGUCCUUUCUCUCGCCCGCUCCCGCCUUCCCCAGCUGUUCCCUUCAGACUCAGGGGCUCCACUGAUGCCACCCAGCAGGGCCGGACACUGCCCAGCCGCCCUCCCGGAGGCUCUUGUCUCUGUUCAAGGGCUUGUCUCCCUCCUGCGUUUUUUUCCUCUGUGUGUGUGUGUGUGUUUUUGUUGUUUUUUUGUUUUGUUUUUUUUUGCUCCAUGUCAUUUUGUCAGGCUGGUCAUAGCCAGAGGCAGCUUUAUCUGGCCCACAGGGAUGACGAAGAAGGGGUCCCCUCUCUGAGUGAGGAGGGGCUCCCUCCAGCCCCACGGACCACAGAACCCACAUGGGGCAGGCUCUCUGUCACCAGGAAGCCAGAGGCUUUGUCCUCCCCUCCUGCCUCGCCCUGGUGGGCAGUGCCGAUCGGACCAGGCGGGGAGGGCGUGAUGCUGGGCUGUGUUUACUAAACCUGCGGGUCUCCAGCCUCCUAGGCCCAGCUCUAGUCUCUCUCUAGUUGGGAGCACUGGGUUGACUGACAUCUGCUAUCUGAGCACCAGUGGCGGGUGCUGUGGGCCUGCGUGAUGGCAGGAGCCUCUUCAGCGUGGCGUCCUCUGCCGCCUCUGCCUCCUCAGACCGGCCUCGGUGAGAAAGCCCGGGCUGCCCGCUGCGGCUGUCCACCCGCACGUGCUCGCCCAAGACCUUUAAUCACUCCCGGCUGCGUCCGUGCUGGGACGGUGGUGCCGAGGCCCCUCUCCUUGGGGAAGGACCUGCUGGCUGCUUCUGUCUCUUGCGUUCCACCCUCCUUGGCCAAUGACCCAGAGCCCUCUGAUGAUGGCGUUCUCCUGGCAAGAGGAAAGGACUUGACUAGCCUUUCUGAACUUGAACCGU